AUGGAGUCAGACUUUUCAAGUAAAAAGAGGGAGGUUGGAGCAAAGAUCAUGGAGGAGGUCAGAAAAGGCCAGCAUCAGGUAGAAGAAACUGAAGCAAGGAUGUUGGGAUUUUACGGAGAUUUGAUGAAGUCGGUCGCUGACAUACAAGCUGAGGCUGAUACUAAAGAGUCUUCAAGAAGGGUGAAGCUGCAGGAGACAGACAGACUGAGAUCAGAGUGGUUGGAGAAGGAACAAAAGUCUUGUCAGGAGAAAUAUGAGGAUAUUCUCAAAGGAUGGUCGAUGGCUAAGCAGAAGAUGACCCAUCAGGAGGUGCAGGAAGCCCUGAAACGCCAGCAGCUAUUGUGCGCUGAACUCAUACAGGAGAAAAAAAAAGUCAUCAGUCACCUGCAACAAAUGCUGCAGGAUGCAGAUCAUUUCUUUGUCAAAGACUUGAAGAAUCAAGCAGAAGAAGUGGACAUGAUGACUAGGAAAAUCAAAGAUAAGAGCCAAACCCUGACAGAAGCCUACAGAGAGGAGCUGGGUCAGCUGGAAAGAGUUUAUCAGAAGGAAUAUAACGUCAUGGUUUUGAGAGACAGGUCAGAGUGGGAUGAAUACAUGAAGAAGCUUCAGGAUAUGGAGCUAACAAACCUCAAACAGAGACGGGAGAAAGUGCAGGAGUAUGAAAGGUCCCUCAAUGAAUUGCAAGUGGAGAAUGAUGAAAAACACAACAUCCAGGUGAGGGAGAUCCAGCAAAGUAAACUUCAACCGAUGAAGGUCCACAGUGCAGUGACAGAGACCAGAACCAAGCUCAUCAAUCACAAAAAACAAGAACAGGACAUCCAGCUGACCCAGAUGAAGAACAGAAUUGAGAAUUUACAGGUUAAACUGAGAAGCCUGAGAGUGAAAUAUUACAAACUGGUGAAACAGGGAAAUAAGCAGCAACAGUGUUUGAGUGCAGACUUAAAACAUACCAACCAGCAGCGUCACCACUUCCAGAAAAAAGUCAAGCACUUUGGCUCUGUGGAAGCCAAGAGACUGAAGGAUAUGAGGCUGAUGAUUGAGGGCGAUGUGUUACAACUAGCAGACAGAACGUUGGACAUUAACUUUCAAAUAAGCAAACAUCUGUUAGGUUUAUCCUGGGAGCAAAGUUGCAUGGUUCCUGUAGAUGCUUCUGGUCUAAUCCAGCCUCAGAAACACACCCAAGUGUUCCCAGAACAUACCGUCACCCAGUUGUUCCAAAGAGAGAUUGACAUCUCUGUUGGGUCUAAGGUGGAGAUGGCACAAAGUCAGACUGUAGUUAAGACAACAGGUGCAAAUAAACUCUCUGAAAAGACUGUGGAUCAGUUGCUGGAGCUGCUGUCCAAUGAGGCAGACUUCCUGGCUGGAGAAGACCUGAUGCUACCUUCUCUCCAGGAUGAGGCUGAGCAGACUCUCAUGAAGCUGGGGUCCAUCUUUUUUGCUUUAGGCAUUAAGGAUGUCAGCGAUGUGCAGAGGUUAACAGAGUUUUUAUUGAGGUACGCACACCAGCAAGGGGAGAAACAUGACUUGGACAAAACAAAGGGAGGUGAAUCCAGCUCUGGUCCUGAUCUGACCUGUGACCCCAUCCAUCCUAACUGGGUCUUACCUGCACUCAAACUUUUCAUUGAGCCACAGAGACUGGCCCCCGAGCCCCAAGCCUGCAACACUUAUGAUGAAGCCCACUGGCAGAGUCUGGCCAGUGUUAUUCCUGAGGACAAGCUGGAGCUGUGGGAUGCAGCGGAGAAGAUCCUCAAGAAGAACCAUAAGGUCUUGGCAGACACGUCCAAAGACAUCGCUGAGAUACAAAGACUGCAGAAGCAGAACACAGAGCUCCGGAUGCUUCUUCACCAAUAG